AUGUCUCCAGGUCCAGAGAGGAGGCAGAAGGUGACAGAGAUAGGGUGCAAUCUUUUCUGCUCAGAUGGAUUGCCUGAGGAGUCACAACAGAUAACCUUUUUCAUGUUGCUGUCAGCAGUCUGCGUGAUGCUGAAUUUAGCUGGCUCCAUUCUCUCCUGUCAAAAUGCUCAGCUAGUGAACUCCCUAGAAGGAUGUCAGUUGAUUAAAUUUGACAGUGACAGUGUCUGCGUGUGUUGUGAGUUGCAACACCAGACCUCUGGCUGCAGCCUUGGUGAGAUGCUGAAGCUGAACCCGCUGCAAGAGUGCAACACGGUCAGGUUGACCCUCAAGGACCUGCUGUUCAGUGUUUGUGCUCUCAAUAUCAUCUCCACCAUUGUGUGUGCGUUGGCAACGGCCAUGUGCUGCAUGCAAAUGGUCUCUUCUGAUGUUCUGCAAAUGUUCUUGCCGCAGAGGUCUCAUUCUGCAAAUCCGGAUUGCAUGACCCCCCAUGGGACUAUCCUGCACCAGACGUUGGACUUCGAUGAGUUCAUUCCCCCAAUUCCACCUCCGCCCUAUUACCCACCGGAAUACACCUGCACGCCGGCCACGGAGACGCAAAGGGCUUUCCAUUUGGACUUUCCACACUCCCCCUUCAGCACUUUAUACGAAGUGACCAUCAACAGCCCUGGGAUUCUCUACCCUGCCGAGCUGCCUCCGCCUUAUGAGGCCGUCGUUGGACAAGCUCCCACGAACCAGGUCACCAGUAUGGAACAGCAAAUCGCCGAGUCCAACCUGGGGGAGCGAAAUACAGCAACAGGUUUCAACAGCCAAGCCUUGGCAGAUGGCGCUUCCCAGAUGGCCGCCGAAGUUGUUCCUCUCCCCAGUCGUCACAGGUACUCCUCUGAAGACUUUUGUUCUCUGGAUCUCCAAGAACCUUUCCUGUCCUCUGACUUCUUUCCAGGUGGUCUUGUAGGAAGAGGGGCAAGAAACAGAAGUUGCUCCAGCCUGAACCAGACUUGCUUGCAGGACUAUCCAGACGAUGAGGUCAGUGGCCGCAGCCAGACCUCUGUGGACCAGCCCUGUAGCAGGACUUGCUCUCAUAGUCGGCUCUCGGACUGUUCCUCAGAGAGCGUUGGUGUCUCUGAGAGAGACUCUUUUGGCUUGGUCAGAGAAGACAAGGCCACCCCCUCAUCCAAGCCACUGAAAAUGUGCUGUGGGGUCUUCAGCCAGCCAGCUGUGCCACAGACUCCCCGCACCCACUGCUCAGUGCCUGUAAACAGUUUGCCCCACAGCUGCCUCAAGAGGACGGCCCAACAGCGGGCAAGAAAAACCGCCAUUUCCAACAUUGUCCGAUCCACUAGUGACCCUUUGUCCUGUUCAGCUACCACAGAAGUUCCUCUGCCUAGUCCUCAUGUGGCUGCCUCUACUUGCCAGGACUCCAGGAACCAUCUUGUGCCAACCGGAAAACCAAGGGACCCCCCAAAAGCCGAACUUUCCCAGAAGUCAAAGGUCAUACUGAGCAUCUGCAAAGAGCGGCCCCAUUCCUUGGUGGACCUACAGGCCUACAAGGACACUAAGAUCCUGGUGGCCAAAUUUUUGGAACACUCGAACUGCAACUUUCCCCCAGAAGUGCGCCACGUGGUCAACAGCAUCCGGUCUGUCAUCAAGUCUGAUGAGCGGCACAUGGAGGAAGCCAUCUUUAGCGCCAACAUCAUUGAUCAGGUCAUCAUGAGUUCCCAGCAGAAUGUGGAUACCUCAAGAAAGCGACUUCAGGAAGACCUCCACCUCCAGAGCUGUGGAGCUCUAAGCUCUCCUGUUGCCUUCUUACGCAGGGGCCACAUUACCCAUGCCUUUGAGAGAGGAAGACCCCACAGUUUAAUUGAAGUGUGCCGAGAGACCAUCCUUUGACAAUAGGCUUUUGCUCCACUGAGGAAUAUAAACUCUACAAAAGAGACUCUGAGGAACUGGGCAAUGGAAGGAGAUUCAUCUCCCUCGGUGGUUGUCUUUGAAGAAACAAAAGGAAACUCAAUCAGUGUCUCUGAAAGAGUCUUCCUUUGAAGAGGUCCAUGCCAGAUCUUUAUUCCCAGGGGCUGAGCACCCAACACGUCAUGACUAUAUAUUCAACCAAGACUCUUUUGUGAAAAAAACCCAAGUUGCUUAUUAUUUAACAAUGAAACAAACAAAAAAACCCAC